GCUUGUUCUUUCUCUUAUUCACAGUGCUUUGCAGUUGGCAGACAUCGAAACAUUUUUAGUAUACUAUAAAGUCAACAAGCUCUGUCUUCAGGUGUCUAUUGCGCAGUCAGUUAGAACUGCCACUUGCCAUCAAGACAAUGAAUCACAAAAAUUCAGGUGGAUCACUGAUCAUCAGCUUAUGAGUGUGAGACUGAACCUAUGCCUGGGGGUGCUGUUUAAGGAGGAUCAGGCCGUGAUCACCCUGUAUCCGUGUAAUCGAACAAGUGAGCUCCAGUGGUGGGAAUGCAGAAAUGAAAGCCUCCUUGCAAUCCACGGAGAAGAUUUGUUCUUCAGUCCUGGCAAUGAAGAACAUGAUAAUGUUUUGUUAAAGAAGGGGCUGAGUGCGAAGAAUAAGUGGAAGAUCUAUGGGGCCAUGAAUGUUUUAUGUUCCCAGGGAUAUGAAGAGACCUUUACACUGCUAGGAAAUGCUUUUGGGGCACCCUGUGUGUUCCCUUUCAUGUACAAUAAGCAGUGGUACGCUGAGUGCACAGGCGCUGGCCAGUCCGAUGGCUGGCUCUGGUGCACAACCACUGCAGACUAUGACGCAGACCAGCGAUACGGAUUUUGCCCAUCAAAAGAUAAAGACAACACCUGGACUACAGAUCUGUUAACAAAUGCCCACUACCAAAUAAGCUUUGAAUCAGCUCUCACGUGGCACCAAGCCAGGAGGAGCUGUCAGCAGCAAAAUGCAGAAUUACUGAGUAUCACAGACAUUCACGAACAAACAUACCUUAAAGAGUUAACAGAAGGUACAGAUUCUGCAUUGUGGAUUGGACUCAGCAGACUGGACUUGAGGAGUGGAUGGGAGUGGAUUGGAGGCAGCCCUUUCCGCUACUUAAACUGGGCUCCAGGAAGCCCCUCUCCAGAAUCUGGAAAACUCUAUGCGGUUUUGAAUCCUGAAACAAAAGCUAAAUGGCAAAAUUGGGAAUGUGAUCAGAAACUUGGUUACAUUUGUAAGAAAAGAAAUUUUACCUUGGUUCCCUCAGGUGACAUUGGGUCUAUUACUUGCCCAGGUAGAUGGGCAUCAUAUGUAGAUCAUUGUUACAAGAUCUUCAGGGAUCCCAAAGGAUGGGAAAAAGCUUUGACUUCUUGUCAGAAGGAUGAGAGUCACUUGGCCAGCAUCCAAAGCCUUGAGGACACAGCUUUAUGGUGUCUCGGCUUGGGUACAAGCCAACAGACAAGCUAAGGAUUGGGCUGAAUGAUCAUAAGGUGCAAAUGUAUUUUGAAUGGAGCGAUGGUACGUUAGUGACAUACACAAAAUGGCACCUGGGAGAGCCAUCCACCACAAACAACAGGCCAGAAGAUUGUGUGCUGAUCAAGGGCCAGGAUGGCUAUUGGGCAGACUAUGACUGUGAGAAGAAAGCUGGCUACAUUUGUAAAAGAAAACCUCUAUCACAAAUAGCUGGAGAAAAGGAAAUUACUGAUGCAGGCUGCAAAGAAGUAUG